AUGCUUGAGAUUGCGCGGUGUCAGGUCUGCGCAUUCCAUAGCGCAUUGCUGAUAUACUACCGCCGCACGGUGCUUGAUGGCGAGGGCGUCAUCGUCGAUGUAGAUGUUGAGGCGGAGGCAAAUGCUGUCUGGGAGAACCUGGCGGCAGCAGAAAACCUUAAGGAUGCAUAUAUGGGCGGUGUGAAGAGAACCGCGCCUAUGUCGUGGCCGGCGUUUAUUGCCGCGUGUGAGACGAGGAACCGCGAGCCCUGGGUCAGGUGGUGGACACGGGUCGAGGGGUAUGGUCUUGGGAACUUUACACGGCAGUGGAGGGUUAUCCAGGAGGUCUGGGAUGUUACGGAUAUAGAUGGAAAUAUCAAUAGUUGGAGAGAGGCGUUACGGCGCAUACGGAGGCUAGUCUUGCCUGUGUAG